UGCUUAAAACAGCCCAUGCCUUCACCCCUCUCUGCAUUGUCACAGCCCUGUAUCACCACUCUUAAAAGGCUCCCACAGGCACUCCUAGCACCAGUUGUUGACCAGCCUGCCACUUGCCUCCCUGCCUGCUUCUGGCUGCCUUGAAUGCCUGGUCCUUCAAGCUCCUUCUGGGUCUGACAAAACAGGGACCAUGUCCACCUUUGGCUACCGAAGAGGACUCAGUAAAUAUGAAUCCAUUGAUGAGGAUGAACUCCUCGCCUCCCUGUCAGCUGAGGAGCUGAAGGAGUUAGAGAGAGAGUUGGAAGACAUUGAACCUGAUCGCAACCUUCCCGUGGGGCUAAGGCAAAAGAGCCUGACGGAGAAAACCCCCACGGGGACAUUCAGCAGAGAGGCACUGAUGGCCUAUUGGGAAAAGGAGUCCCAAAAACUCUUGGAGAAGGAGAGGCUGGGGGAGUGUGGAAAGGUUGCAGAAGAAGAAAAAGAGGAAAGUGAGGAAGAGCUUAUCUUUACUGAAAGUAACAGUGAGGUUUCUGAGGAAGUGUAUACAGAGGAGGAGGAGGAGGACUCCCAGGAGGAAGAGGAGGAAGAAGACAGCGAAGAAGAGGAAAGAACAAUUGAAACUGCAAAAGGGAUUAAUGGAACUGUGAAUUAUGACAGUGUCAAUUCUGAUAACUCUAAGCCAAAGAUAUUUAAAAGUCAAAUAGAGAACAUAAAUUUGACCAAUGGCAGCAAUGGGAGGAACACAGAGUCCCCAGCUGCCAUUCACCCCUGUGGAAAUCCUACAGUGAUUGAGGACGCUUUGGACAAGAUUAAAAGCAAUGACCCUGACACGACAGAAAUCAAUUUGAACAACAUUGAGAACAUCACAACACAGACCCUUACCCGCUUUGCUGAAGCCCUCAAAGACAACACUGUGGUAAAGACUUUCAGUCUGGCCAAUACACACGCUGAUGACAGUGCAGCCAUGGCCAUUGCGGAGAUGCUUAAAGUCAAUAAGCACAUCACCAACAUAAACGUCGAGUCCAAUUUCAUAACGGGAAAGGGGAUCCUGGCCAUCAUGAGAGCUCUGCAGCACAACACGGUGCUCACAGAGCUGCGUUUCCACAACCAGAGGCACAUCAUGGGCAGCCAGGUGGAGAUGGAGAUUGUCAAGCUGCUGAAGGAGAACACAACAGUGCUGAGGCUGGGGUACCAUUUUGAGCUCCCAGGACCAAGAAUGAGCAUGACGAGCAUUUUGACAAGAAAUAUGGAUAAACAGAGGCAAAAACGUUUGCAGGAGCAAAAACUGCAGGAGGGAUAUGAUGCAGGACACAAUCUUAGGACCAAAGUCUGGCAAAAAGGAACACCUAGCUCUUCACCUUAUGUGUCUCCCAGGCACUCACCCUGGUCAUCCCCAAAACUCCCCAAAAAAGUCCGGACUGUGAGGAGCCGCCCUCUGUCUCCUGUGGCCAUACCUCCUCCUCCUCCUCCUCCUCCCCCUCCUCCUCCCCAAAGGCUGCCACCACCACCUCCCCCUCCCCCUCCUCCACUCCCAGAGAAAAAGCUCAUUACCAGAAACAUCGCAGAAGUCAUCAAACAACAGGAGAGUGCCCAACGGGCUUUACAAAAUGGACAGAAAAAGAAAAAAGGGAAAAAGGUUAAGAAACAGCCAAACAAUAUCCUAAAGGAAAUAAAAAAUUCUCUGAGGUCAGUGCAAGAGAAGAAAAUGGAAGAUAGUUCCCGACCUUCUACCCCACAGAGAUCAGCUCAUGAGAAUCUCAUGGAAGCAAUUCGGGGAAGCAGCAUCAAACAGCUAAAGCGGGUGGAAGUUCCAGAAGCCCUGCGAUAAAAACAUGAUCUUUAGAAGAGGAUGUGCAACUGUUCACAUUCACUGUGAGAUGUUUCUAAAAUACUUCUUCAAUUCAAAAUGAUCCCUGACUUUAAAAAUAAUCUCACCCAUUAAUUCCAAAGAGAAUUUUAAGAAACAAUCAGCAUCUUUCUUCUGUAAACAUGAAAAUAAACUUUUUUAUGUUGUGAGAUUUGUAUUGGCAAGAAGCAGUUAAUUUAAAGACGCUCUUUGUAUCUAUGGAUGUAUUGCUAACUCCAAGUUGUAAUGAGUUCAUGAAAUGUGCUGUUAUUUUUGUAAUCUCAAUAAAUGUGGAUUGAAGUUUUUUCCCUUUUUUAAAAAAGCCAAACUAAUAUUUUUCUGAGUUGAUACAUCUGUCAGGUGUGUAUAUAGCAUUACUGGAUAUUAAAAAAUAUAAUAUUCUCACCCAAAAAGGGUUUGGGUCCUAAACAUUUGCCUUUGUUUUCUU